CGCGCGGUGUGAGAGAGGCGGCAGCAGCACGCGGAGCCGCACCCUUUCUGUGCCCGCGGUGUGAGCGCGCAGGUAAAACAAACGUCACAGAAGGGUUUCAGUGACGAGCAUUUCCGGAUACUGCAGCUGCUCGCUAACUUUUGUCUUUGUUCCACGAAACAAAAAGACGAAAAAAAAAAAAAAAAAAAAACCCCGAAUGGAGUGCGUCCGGAACAAUAAGUCGGCUUUUCGUUGAAGUUUUUCAACCAUUUGUCGGCGUUGUGGCGUAAAGGAGCUGGUUUCAGGUUCAACUACAGGCAGGACUCAGUCUGGAUUUACCUGAUAAACGGGUUCAGAGAAACAAGAAAAGACUGCAAGGGGAGAAGCCAGCGUGCUGUAAAAAGUACAGACCUCCACCUGGAUCAGUCCAGUCAUUCUUGUCCAGUUGAUGGUAUGCCGAUCUCACCGCCAAGUUCACGUUUGAAUGGCGCCCUAAUGCUUCCCUUCCCUUCCCAUCUGAGCUUCUUAAAAGGCCCGGCUGUUUUGUGACCUCACUGCACUCUCCCACGAUGGAUACCUACAGCGGCGACAAACCUGGAUGCUACUACAACCGCUCCGUCAAGUUUUUCUACGACCACAGCGGCAAGAGCAUCAGCGACUAUUGGCGUACGCGUGACUAUGUGGUCGUCAGUCUGGGAAUGACCGUCUGUUUUGUGGUCAUAUUUUCCAACAUUUUGGUCAUAUUGUCCAUUUUAAAAAAUAAACGCUUUCACUUUCCCAUCUACUACCUGCUGGGUAACCUGGCUUUCUCAGACCUCUUCUCAGGUGUGUCCUACCUCCACUUGAUGUUCCAUACUGGUCCGUGGACCAUUAAACUGUCCAUGCAGCAGUGGUUUGUGCGAGAGGCGCUGAUUGAUACCAGCCUGACGGCCUCAGUCCUGAACCUUCUGGCUGUGGCAGUGGAGCGUCACCAGACCAUCUUCAACAUGCAGCUCCACAGCACGAUGAGCACACGUCGCGUGUUUAUCAUCAUGUUUUGCAUCUGGCUGGUGGCCAUACUGAUGGGACUGAUUCCUUCCAUGGGGUGGCACUGCCUGUGUGACCUGAACGAGUGCUCCACCAUGGCACCACUCUACAGUCGCACUUAUCUGGUCUUCUGGGCCAUUCUCAACCUGCUAACCUUCUCCAUCAUGGUGGUCGUCUACACCAGGAUCUUUGUCUAUGUCAGGCACAAGAGCAAGCAGAUGGAGGAGCACACCAGCCAGAGACGCAAAGAGACUGUGGUCAACCUGAUGAAGACGGUUUUCUUGAUCUUAAGCUGCUUUGUGGUCUGCUGGACUCCAGGCCUGGUGGUGCUCUUGCUGGAUGGUCUGGGCUGUGUCCACUGCCAGGUGUUGCGCUAUGAAAAGUACUGCCUGGUCCUAGCGGAAUGCAACUCCUUUGUCAACCCCAUCAUCUAUUGCUUCAGGGACAAAGAGAUGAGGAAAACCUUCAAGGAGAUCUUGUGCUGCUUGUGCCGACGGGGUCGUAACAAGAAGGGGGGCUCCGCAACUCAAUUUAACACGCUUGAGCAAGAGGUACUGUCUGAGAGCAAUGGCAUUGACGAGGGCAAUCCCCCAAAAAAAUAACCACACGUCCUGAGCACUGUCAAUAGUAAAUCCAUAAAACCAAACUGCACACAAUCUCCAACGUUCUUUUAACCAGUUUGUAUCUUAGCGACACACCAAUUUAGUGACAAAUUGACCUUAUGUCUGAUUUAAUGAUAUGACUUUUAAUGUAAAUAGUGGGCAUUAUUUUUUGUUUUUUGAAAUCCUGUUAAAAAUCAUACUAGAAAAAUUACAGCAAAGUGCGUUUGUGCAUUUGUGUAAGUCUACAGGUGCACAAUCAAGUCCAGUGUCAAUGAUCAUUGUGCAGGAAAGAACUAAAAAUGGCCGCAUAACCAGUAUGAAGCUAAUAAAGUAAACAAAGUAAAUAUGAGGUCUGUCCAAAAAGUAUCGGACCUUUUUAUUUUGUGCAAAAACCAUAUGGAUUUGAAUCACAUGUGAUUGUAUCAGCCAAGCUUGAACCUUCGUGCGCAUGCGUG